UUGGAACCCAGGUCUCCCGACGCCCGGGCCCUGCUCUGAGGUCACCUUGCUUCUAUAAUGCUCAAGGUUUGAGUACCGAGAGACAUUUGCAGUUGGUCCGAUCGAGGGUUCCGGUUACCGCAAUUGCUGAUUUCCAAUCCUUCCCCCUUCCGUUCCGCCAUGAGCCAGCCCUCGGGUCCUGCCUCUUGGGUGACCCUCUGGACCCCCGUGCUCCUCCUCCUCCUCUCGGGUUCCCGAUGCUUUGCCUUCCCCGGGACAGAGGGGCAGGAGGCGGCCCCCUUCCCUGGGACCCAGGCCCCAGAGGGAGAGGAGGACGGCCCAACGAGUAGCGCAGGCCUCACCGCGAGUGACCUCGAGCCCUCAGAGGGCCCUGGAUGGGCAGGCGCCCCGGGAGACCAUGAUGGAGAGCUCGCCGGGCCGCCAGGGACUUUGUUGGAUGUGGCGUUCGCACAUCAAGGGGGAUCACAGCCCCCCGGACUCAGUCUCAGCGGUCCGGUCCAAGGCCCGAGCCCCGGUGACUUCUCCCCAACAGAGUCAGCGGACGCUGCGGUCGAGAGCAUGAGUGGGCCCGGGGGGCUUGGGGCAGGGCCUCCCCCGAGCAGAGCCUCUGAGCUCGGGCUCAUGCUUGCCGUCACCCCCGCUCCUUCUCUGGACCUGGGCUUGGGCACCACUCCCCUCAGUGGCCCCGGUAGCGAGCCAGCUGGAAGAGAGCCGGCGGAAGUGGGCCACAGCUCUUCCCAAGAUCCAGGUGACUGGGCCCCCGUGACGGAGCGUGGUGCGGCGGACGAGGAGGGCUGGGGCUGGUCCGCCUCGGCCCCGGAGGGCACCGGAGGGAGACCGACGACCGACCCGAGAAGGGGAAACUUCGAGGGGGCCGGCGGGCGGAGUCCCACGGCCGAGCCUGAGCCGGGAUCCCUGGAGUCCAAAGGUGACCUUCCUUCACCUCAGACGGCCAGUGGCGCCCCGACCCCUGGCCCAGAGGAUGUCCUCGUGCCCCACGAGGGCCCCCCGGGAAUGCCCUCUCCUCAGGCCGGCGUGGCGGGAGACACGGAGGCAGCGGUCAGCCCCACUCCGGCCACCCCCUCGGUCCCCAGCGACGACUGGGAUGACACCAAACUAGGAACCGUGGUCCACAUGGCGGGCCCCAGGUCCCAAGUCCCUCCAAGGACUCAGGCAGGACCUCCGACCUCCCAGGCCACACAGGGCACCUUCGCCGAAGUACAAGCCGUCGCCAACUCAGCAGACACCCGUCCGGGACCGACCUCCCCAGAGACAGGCCUGGAGCCCGCUCGGCAGGAAGAGAUCUCAGCGGCCUCCAUAGAGCAGAGCCCGUUCCCCACCGCGGGCCCAGGGGACGACCCAGGCCCCACCACCGGACUCUCGUCCCCGGGCCCAGUCGGCCCCACCGUGGAGAACAGGGAGAGCGAUGCCGUGCUGUCGCCAGGAACGACGGUGCCCAUCGCAGAUUCCGAGUCGGAGAUGGAGCUGAAAGGUGUGAUAAGCCCAGAGUUGGCCACCGCUAGCCAAGAAGCAGAAGCCACGCUGCCAUCAGAGACCGUAGGACUGGACUCUCCUCAUCAGAUCACGGAAGCACCCAGUGAAGCAGGGGAGAGGAGAGAAAUAUCAUCUCCAGCCUCUCCUGUUUCUUCCGAAGACCAGCCGCCGGGGAAUACCGGAUACCUUGCAAAUCCCGGUUCCGCUACUGUUCCUCCGUCGUCUCUGGCAGUCACGCCGGGUUUGGAAGUCACCAACCUGCCUCCCCUUCCCUUGCCGUCCUCCGGACUCCCAUCAGAGCCGGUCACCGUCUUGGGCGAGGAGGCGAUCGCUCCCAUCUCGGACUCUUCGGUGACGCUGCCCGGGCUCCUGGAGGACACGGCGAGACCUUCCGCGGUCGUUCCCGCUUCCGUGGCUGCCUCCGUCCGGAGGACCGCCGUCCCGUCGGCCAGACGCAUCGACACAGCUGGCACCUACGGCCUGGAUCGCCUCGAGUCUGAAGAGGGAGAUGAAGAUGAAGAGGAGGAGGAGGAAGAGGAAGAGGAAGAUGAAGAUGAAGACGAGGAAGACAGAGCUGCAGAUUCCCUGGACGACAGCAUGGAAAGGGACACCGAGAUGCCGGGAUUCACGUUCCCUGGAGUCACUUCCCUGGAACCCCCAGUGGAUAGGGGGCAACUUGGACAACUGGAAGGAGUGUCCUACCAAGUUCCAGAUGCCAUAGAGUGGGAAGAGCAGAACCAAGGCCUUGUGAGAAGCUGGAUGGAAAAGCUGAAAGACAAGGCUGGGUACAUGUCUGGGAUGCUGGUGCCCGUGGGUGUCGGAAUCGCAGGAGCCCUGUUCAUCUUGGGGGCCCUCUACAGCAUCAAGAUCAUGAAUCGCCGGAAGAGGAACGGCUUCAAGAGGCAUAAGAGGAAGCAGCGAGAGUUCAACAGCAUGCAAGAUCGGGUCAUGCUCCUGGCCGACAGCUCUGAAGAUGAAUUUUGAAUCGGACUGUGAUCCUGUCGCGGCCUUCGGUGACGUGGAUUUCGUUUUUACCUUGGGGCCGACAGUACGGCACAUCCCGCUACGUCACGGCUGUCAGCCGCUCGGGCCCAGGGGUUGCUGGGCAGCGAUCGCCGUAUGCCGGGCCGAAGCGGCGGCAUGUUGCGCGCUAAAUGUACCGUGCGAUGAUUUUUUUUUUACGGUAGUGAGGUUUUCCAUCCACGCACUGCAUCUCGUAAAUAGGCACAGUACAUAUUGUACAGUGGGAGUAGACAGGUGGGGUUAAUAUCUUGCUUUCAUCACCGUGUCUCUUUCUAGGUUUAGGUUAACCGCACUCAUCAUGGUCAUUAUUGUGAAAAAAGCACGUUUAAUUUGGGAAUGGAAACCCUGACGAUGAACGAGUUUGCCGAUCUCUGUCCGACGCUUUAGCGUGAAACGACGCGGUGUCCGAGCUCGAAGCCGGCCCUGCUCCGGCGCGGGCCGCAGUGACGUUCCGAAACCGGUCGCACGUUCGACUCACGUCCUCUAUCACCGGGGAGGCCUCCCUGGCUGGGACUGUUAUUUCUGACUUGUUUACCUGCCUCACCUUCAGCCUCAGCCUCCGGGAGGCCUCUCAUUCUCCUUUUCUUUCUUUUUCUCAGCAUGGGGAAGUGGGGUGAAAUAGUAGUAAGUAACCUGAGUCGUC